UUAGCCUUCUUUAGCAUGUUACAGUACAAACUAGGUUCUGUUGAAGGUUCUGGURCCACCUACCAGUGUAAAGCCGUCUCAUGGCCUGUUUUUUCAAUGUUUUGUCRUUCAGGUCAGCAGCUGGUGGUGUUUCGGGGCCACGAUGGGAAAGCCCAUGUGCUGGACGCGUACUGCCCCCACCUGGGCGCCAACCUGGCUAUGGGGGGCCGCGUGUUGGGAAACUGCAUCGAAUGCCCGUUCCAUGGCUGGCAGUAUCGGGGAAGCGACGGGAAAUGUGAGAAGAUUCCGUACUCAGAUAAAGUACCUGAGUUUGCCCAGGUGCGCCGCUGGCCCAGCUGUGAGGUGAACCAGCAGGUUCUGAUCUGGUUCCAUUGUGACGGGUUGGAACCGCAGUGGAGGGUCCCGGAGCAGCCGGAGGUCGCUAACGGCCAGUGGGUCUACAGAGGCAGAACCGAGCAUUUCAUCAACUGCCACAUUCAGGCAGGUGGAAARAAUUCUUUCCAGGUGGGCCCAGGRUUGGUGUUUCUGCGGUUCGACCACAGCUUCCUGGGCCGGGGGCUGAUGAUGCACUGCGUGACGCCAGUGGAGCCGCUGCUGCAGUGCGUAACUCACACCAUGUUCUACCAGAGGAACAUCCCGGCUGUGGUGCCCAAAUUCAUCCUCAAAGGAGAAUCCAUCCAGGUGCAGCAUUAUGAAUUUAUGUUUUAGUUCUUUUAAUUCAUAUUUUAUUCAAUCUUAGACAUAAAUAGUGAAAUUGUUCCUCAUUAGGUGUGAAUUUGAGAUUUGUUCAAAUCUGAAAAGAUUAUUGACUGCAUUUUCAGCUGCUCUACCUUUUGUUUUAUUUCUGUUUUAUUCAUUUUUAAAAUAAUUUUAUUUUUCACAUGCCAAAAUAGCUCAUUAUCAGUUGCAAGUUUAUAACAAAAGGAUUUAUUCUAAUUUGCCUUAAUCAGCCACKGCUUUGAUGGUUUAGUUCUGAUCAUCUUUGUAAUAAUUUUAUCUAUUUUUACAUWAAUUUUAAUAUUAAAGAAGCUUCAUAUUAGUGGCGAGCUUAACAACUAAGAUUUAUUUAGUACAUUUAUCAUCCAGUCUGCCUUUUGAGUCACUUAUGUUGUUCAUUUUAUGUUGUAUGUAUUAAUACUUAUUUUAUUUAGAGAAAUAGUUUUACUACUACCUUUGGUUUAGUCCUUCAGUAUU